UUCUCUGAUUCUCAUGGUAUGGUGCAUACCCGGUCAACCCGUACUCAAGAACAUGGUGCUGAAGCUGUCGGGCACGCAGAGGCAGGGGGUGCCGAAGCGGGGCGGCUCGCCGCCGCCGAGGGGCCGGACGACGUCGCUGUACCGGAGCGGGUACUACCGGUCGGGCGUGGUGCAGGACGACAUGGCGGUGCCGCCGGCCACGUACCUGGGCCACGGCGCCGGGGGCGGGGGCGGCACGGCGGCGUCGAGCGCGAGCUCCACGCCGGCGUGGGAGCGGCCGCCCAACGGGGGGCAGGGCGAGGCGGCGGUGCGGGAGUGGGUGGCGCAGGUGGAGCCCGGGGUGCAGAUCACGUUCGUGUCGCUGGCGGGCGGCGCCGGCAACGACCUGAAGCGCAUCCGGUUCAGCCGGGAGAUGUACUACAAGUGGCAGGCGCAGCGGUGGUGCGGCGACAACAACGAGCGCAUCAUGGAGCUCUACAACGUCCGCCGCUUCACCCACCAGGUGCUCCCCGACCCGCCCCGCGACGACGACGCCGCCGAGCAGAGGGAGUCGUUCUACUCGCAGUCGCAGGUGGGCUCGACGAUGGGCAGCCCUCCGCAACGACCGGCGCCGGCCCAGGCGGGCCCGGCGGCGCGGCGCGGCAGCACAGCUUCCGCGGCCCGCUGUCCCCGCCGCCGCCGUCGUCGUCCAACCCGUCGGAGCGCGCCUGGCAGCAGCAGCAGCAGCAACACCCGCAGCGCCCUGAGCCGGACGUCCCGGAGCCGACGCGGACGACCACCUCGUCCAUGCCGGACGACGUGUCCAUCAGCAACGCCAGCGAGCUGGAGGUGACGGAAUUGGUGAUCCAGGACGAGCCCGGCGUGUACAUCACCGUCCGCGAGCUCGCCGACGGCGCCCGCGAGCUCCGCCGCGUCCGCUUCAGCCGUGAGAAGUUUGCGGAGCUGAACGCGAAGCUGUGGUGGGAGGAGAACAAGGAGAGGAUACACGCGCAGUACCUCUGAAUCUCCAUUGGUAAAACUGGGACACUUUCAUUCUGAAGCUUCAAGCUUUGUGCAAGGGAAGGGGAAAGAUUAAUAGUCUCUGAUACUACUGCUGCUGCUUAAUUACAAGUAAAUAUAGAGUUUAAUUUGUGUUUGGGGUUGGAGCUGGGAAAGAGAGAGAGAGGGAUAGGAGGGGGGGUGAGGGGAAAGAGAAAUGUUUGUUUAGGGUUUAAUUAGGGCAGUGCCAUGAUGCAUGCCCAGGUGACCUGUGACUGUCACUGCAUGCAGGUGUACCAUGUUCAUGUUGAGAACCAUUCACAAUGCUUGACUUGAGUAUGUUUAGUCCUCAUUUUCUCUGCAUGCA